AAAGCUAGGUAGAAGAGUGAUGCACCAAACCAGAGGAAAGCUCAUCAAAAGGGACGGAGCUGAUGUCUGAGAACGUGUGAGGAGAGUUCUGAGUCCCAGGGAUGGCAUGUUUGCCUGUCACGAAAGACUGUACAUUUACUUCAAGUAAUCGUCGCUUAGCUUAUUGCUCGCUAGACGAGCGACGUGCCUUUAGCAGCAGAGGACAUCCCAUCUAAAAGGACGGAUGUGAAGUCUGAAUUGAAACUCAAAGCGUGAGGAGAGAGUGUCAGUCCGGGAGGAUGACCCUACAGUUGGCCACCUUCCCGUCAGUCGCGGCGUUGAGUCACGAGAGGGUAGAUGUUAUCGCCGCGAUCUCAGCCUCCGAGAGCCGGAACUCCACCCAACGCAAGCUGUCCAGGUUGAGGAAUUAUAGCGUGAUCAGCGAUGGGAGUGCGGGUGCCGACUCCGAUGAUGAGGACGGUCGUGGCGGUGUGGGGAUAACUUCCCUGCUGGGUAGAGUCGUCACGGAAGGCCUGCGGCACAUUCACCAGCCUGACAGAAGGAUCCGGCUGAACGUGAGCGGUCUGAAGUUUGAGACGAAAGAGAGUCUUCUGUUCCGCUACCCGCAGACUCUCCUGGGGAACUCCGAAAAACGUGCGGAGUUCUACUGUCCGGAUAGCGACGACUUCUUCUUCGACAGACACCGCCCGAGUUUUGAAGCCAUCUUUAGGUACUACCAAACAGGGAAGCUGAUACGCCCCUCCUCCGUUCCCGUUGACGUGUUUGUAGACGAGAUGAGGUUCUUCCGACUCGGGAGCGACAUCAUCAGCACCUACCUGGAGUCCGAAGGGUUCAUCUUCCCCAAACCCAUCCGCGAGAGCGACAUGCCGCCCGAGGGACAUCGUCGCACGAUCUGGAGACUGAUGGACUUUCCCGAAAGCUCGAUUUUCGCGAAGAUCAUAACACUUAUGUGUGUAAUCGUAAUAUUCGUCUCCAUCUUUGUGUUCUGCAUGGAAACUCUACCCGACUAUCGGGACCAGGAGGUCCUCAUAGGCCACGACAACAGCACUAACACAACAGCCAUAGAACGUGCGACGCAGAGCUCGUUCUUUCAGAUAGAGACCUUCUGUGUGGCCUGGUUCUGUAUCGAGUUAGGUCUUCGCUUCUACGCCUGCCCGAAGAAGCUGGUGUUCAUCAAGGACCUCCUGAACAUCUUCGACUUUGUGGCAAUCGUUCCCUACUUCGUGACGCUGCCCCUCAUCAUUGCGAACGUCUCCAUUCCGGGAAACUCCAUCGUCUUCUCCCUCCUCAGGACCAUGCGGCUCACCAGGGUCUUCCGCAUCAUGAAGCUCUCCAGGCACUUCAAGGAGCUGCAGACGUUGAUGAAGACUGUUCGCGCCAGUAUCGGCGUGCUGGGGAUGAUGGUGUUCUUCAUGCUGACCAUGAUGGUGCUCUACGCCAGCUGCGUCUUCUUCGCAGAUAUGGACGCACCGGACACGUUUUUCGAGAGCAUCCCUGAUGCGUUUUGGUGGGCCCUCGUUACCAUGACUACCAUCGGCUACGGCGACGCCUACCCCCGGACCCUGGCGGGGAAGUUGAUCGGCAGCAUGUGCGUCAUCACCGGCCUACUCGUCAUCGCUCUGCCCGUGCCGAUCAUCGUGGAGAACUUCAACAACUUCUACAAGAGGGACAAGAACAUGCACAUCGCGGAGGAGUCGGUCAUGGAGAAGUCGGCCAUCGAUGAAAGCAUCAGGAACUUCUGGAACAACGUGAAGAAGCGUUGUGCGUGUAGCUGGGUGGGAAGGCGACUCGGCCGUGCGGGUAGGAGAGUCCAGAGGUUCUGGAGCGGAGAAAAUGGCGAUCUUCAUGCGCUAGACAAUUAUGGAGAGAACCACGUGUCGUCAGCCUCGAGGAAGCGCAGCAAGAGACGACGUCAGAGUUUGGCUAGCAGCAGUUUGAUCGAGUUGGAUCAUGAGACAGUAGUGUCUGUGAUAUCCUCUGAUAUUUGAUUCCUUAAGAAAGAAAUAU